UUUUCUUCUGAACACCGGAAAGUGACCUUGUUUUAAAUGAGUGUCGUUUUCAUUCCUCGAGGCUUAGAGCAUGAUUUGAAACAACAGCUGCCGAAAAAUAGUGACUUAACAAAUGAACAGUUAUUGUUAUUAUACAACAUUUUUGGUGAUUUAAUCAUGAAAGCAUUGUUGAUUAUCGAGUGUGGUUCAAUAACUAUUGAACGAUCGAAAUCAUCACAGCAUCAAUUAUUUCGAGUAGAAUCGAAUUCCGGUUCAUUACAUUACUGUUCAAAUUACACACGUUAUUGUCGUUGUUUUAAUACAGUACAGAAGUAUAUUGAACCUUUAUAUAAACUAUGGUGUGAACAUAAUCUAGCUAUAUUUCUAGCUGAACUGAUGGGUAAAACGAAAGUGGUUUAUCUACACGAUGAUGUGUUUUGUCGAUCAUUGGAGAUGUUAUAUAGUCGAGAUGUCACUGAUCCUAAUACUUGUAUUAUUGGAAGUUCCAAAUGAAUUAUUACUUUGUAUGUAACAUGUUUUAUGUUGAAUGAAUAAAAACAGAAACACUUUGGUAAAUACAUAUUUUCAUACUGUCUACA